CGCCAGGCAGCGCUAGGACACGCGUCGACACAGGUGCGCGCCGAAGCACAGCGGAGCCGAGCCGAUCACCGGGACGUUCGAUCGUGUCGACACGCGAGUGCCCACCUCAGGAUUACCAGCAGUGUGUGACCAGCGAGUAGUGCUCCCGACCUGCGGGACUGUGAUUGUGUGCCGUGCACUGUGCACCCCAUGGCAGUGUCCACCCUCAACAUGGCGCCGUACUUCACAGGAUACCCGUUCCAAGGUCAGGGCCGCGUCAACCAGCUGGGCGGCGUGUUCAUCAACGGCCGGCCGCUGCCGAACCACAUCCGCCUCAAGAUCGUGGAGAUGGCGGCGGCGGGCGUGCGGCCCUGCGUCAUCUCGCGCCAGCUGCGCGUGUCGCACGGCUGCGUGUCCAAGAUCCUCAACCGCUACCAGGAGACGGGCUCCAUCAGGCCGGGCGUCAUCGGCGGCUCCAAGCCGCGCGUCGCCACGCCCGAGGUGGAGAAGCGCAUCGAGGACUACAAGAAGACCAACCCGGGCAUCUUCAGCUGGGAGAUCCGCGACAGACUUAUCAAGGAUGGGAUAUGCGACAAGACCACGGCGCCGUCCGUGAGCUCCAUCAGCAGGCUGCUGCGGGGCGGCAGGCGAGACGACUGCGGGGACCCGCGCCGCAACCACUCCAUCGACGGCAUCCUCGGCGAGUGUCCGAGCAGUGGUGAGGAGUCCGAGACUGAGUCGGAGCCCGGCAUCCCGCUAAAGCGGAAACAGCGCCGCUCCAGGACCACGUUCAGCGGUGAGCAGCUCGAGGAACUGGAGAGGGCCUUCCAGCGGACACAGUACCCCGACGUUUACACCCGCGAGGAGCUCGCGCAAAAGACCAAGCUAACGGAGGCCCGCGUGCAGGUGUGGUUCAGCAACAGGCGGGCGCGGCUUCGCAAGCAGCUCAACUCACAGCAGCUCAACGCCUUCAACUCCAUGUCCCUGCAGAGCGCCUUCCCUGCUCCGCAGUACGACCAGCACUCCUUCAACUCGCAGAGUCACACGGCGUCCUGGGUGCAGCAGUCGGCCGUGGCCGCGGGCUACGCCUCCUCGGCGCUCACCAACUACCAGACGUCGACCAGCCCGUCGUACUCGUCGCCCGGCGGCCCGCCGCCGAUGGGCGACCACCCUCCCGGCAUCUCGCCGACGACGUCCUCGGCGGCCGUGACUUCCACGGCGUCGGCUGCGGCCGUCGCCUCCGGCCUUGCCUCGUACUCCGGCUACCACCACCAGGGCCCGCCACCCCCCGUUGCCGUCCCAGGACACGGGGCGGCGGCGGCCCUCGCGGCCCAGCACUGCGCCGUCGGCCCGGCCGGGCUCGGCGUCGCCUCAGGCCUCGGCGUCGCCUCUGGGCUCGGCGUCGGCUCGGGACUCGGCGUCGGCGGCCACCACCAACCCUCUGCCUGGACGCGGCCGCACUCACAGACGGCCGCCGGCAAGCCCGGGGACGUCACCAACAGCUGGCCGGACAACUACAGCCUGUUUGCCAGCGGCGCGUCUCCAUACACCGCCACCAACCUGACGCCGCACUCGCCGUCCGAGGCCAAGUCCGGGUACCCGUACUUCGGUCAGCUCAGCUCCAUGGAGGCGGGCAUGGUGUGCGGCCGGGUACACUGACCGUCAGCUGCUGUGAUCGGAGGCCCACCAGACAUGUCUACGGAGACCUUGCGGAAACUCGGCUAAGGCACGUCGCAAGGACUCAUAGGGCGACGUUACCAGUGCUCGAGGGGGACAUCACUACCUUUUCUUCCCGUCAGUGAACGACCUCCAAUCCAGUCAGUUUUGUGUCAUCGUAUAGACGUACAGACCGCAGGAAUGGCACAAAAUGUCGCACUUCUCGCUCUCAAAAUUUGCGCAACGGUUUGAGGAAUAUCUAUAUACUGUCCAUGUUAUUGACUCAUCCAGUCACCAGUCAGUUUUGAUCUAAGAAGGGAGGCCCUCCUCGACUUAUAUAUAGAUUAUAUGGUGUUUGCAUCUGAAGACCACCUUUUCAUUGUGAUAUGAGAUAAAUUUGGUCGGGAUAAUUCUAUCGAGAUAUUUUUGUUACGAUGGUUUUCAAAGUCUCUUUGACAUGAUUUUUUCCUCAUAGAUGACUGACCAAGAAAAUAUAUUUUUGAUGUGAGUUUGUAACUUUUUACUGUAAGGUACUAAAUCACUCCAUCGUUGUGAUACGUGCACUUUAAACCACCUAAAAUUAUUAAAAUUAACGUGUGUGUGGAUAUAUCUUGUGCACGCCUAUAUGAUUGUCUAAUGUUCCAUAUUUAUAGUAGUGUACACCAGUUCAAGUUCCUAAGUUUGUAAGACAGGUGUAAACGUUGUUCGGUGGAUGCCGAAAUAAAAUUUAAUUUUAGACUUACGGCUUUUUUAACUUGUUUUUUAAAAGCGAUUAACUGUACAUUAUACGUUUUACCUGGGACCUUUUAGAGUGAUAUAUUUUUGUACCAGUAUUUAUUAAAACUUUGUCAAUAAGGAUAUAAGUUUUAUGAUGUGUUCCUCCUGACUUUUGAUGUGAGUCAUAUUGUGAGAUGCAUAUUGCAAAUAAAUGUUUAUUUUUGUAAAAUAGAAAAAAGAGAUAUAAAGACACUAUCUAUAUUGUGGUUUGUAAAUUAAUGUACAUGUUUUUAUAGUUUGCAGAUUUGUAAUUUGAUUGAAUAAAAUUUAAUUUGUA